CUUGAAGAUUUGCCCAGGCGCACAGAACUAGUGCAAGACGCAUAUCAAAGGAUCACUGAAAUUUAUGUCCUCGUUGUUGCUCCACCUCCACCUCUCUUACUAGUUGUAACGUUUGUUUUUAGUCUUGGUCUACUAGUAACGUUUGUUUUUGUAGUUAGUCUACAAACGAAGGAAGUUCUUGUAGUUAGUCUACAAACGAAGGAAGUUCUUGUUAGUCCACAAACGAAGGAAGUUCUUGUUCGUUGGUGAUAAUCUACACCUCUUGUCGACUCUGAAAUAAAUGAUACACCUCUUGUCGUUGAAAAUGAUAGUAAGUUGGUUUCAUCCGGCUCUAAGAUACCGAAGAGGCUUUUGAGAAACUGGAGUUGGAGGAGUUGCGGGUUCUUUCCCAGCUAGCGGUAGGAAGGACGCGGAGACGGCGACUACUAGCGUUACGUGGCAAAUCGGAGGCGCCACCUCAAGACGGUG